AUGUCUAACGCCACUUCUUUCCCAAAACUUGUGAAACAGCUUGACGGAACUUGUCUGUGCACUCCUGGUCGAUCCGGCAUCGAUUGCUCGCUUGUAGGAACUAAAACUCGUGUUCGUCCUGGGAUCUCCCUCCAAAAACGACGUGAUGGCACGUAUGGCUAUAGAUUUACCACCCGAAGAGAAAUUGAAGGGGAUCGUCACGUAGCAGACUUGGCGUACAAUGGAAGGAAUGGUAGAAUAUUUGCGAGUGUUUAUGAUUCUUCUGGGAGAGACGCCGUGGUUGAAAUCUCCUCGGUUGGAGACACUGAGAGUGACGCACCUGGUUGGGGGAAGUCCGGGCCAGCCCGUCCACCUAGUCAUUCUCAACCCCUUCCGAUGAUUCCAAUCGACAACUGGUGCGGAUCUGGCAUGACGACAGAAAAUAACUGCACACAAAGUCAUCCAGGUGGGCGGACUACCCCAGGCUGGAAUUCCAUGUACCAAACAGCACACGGUUGGCGGGAUGAGGGAGGGUAUCGAGAUAUUUCACUGGAUUCCAACAGAUCAUUUGUCUACACUGUAUUGAAUAUGUGGAGAAACAAAGGAUCGAUCACGCAAUCUAACAGCGAUCACGACGACCCAUAUGAAUAUAUAUUCAGGAUAUAUCGCUGGGAUGGAAGAAAUGGAUCCCUCGCUUCUAAUCACAACAGAUCGGCGAUAGACUUCUUCACUCACAAUGAAGGCUGGAUAUUAGAUGCGAUGACCACAAAUGAUGAGGAGGGCACCUUACUUUACAAAGCCACGCCAAGAGAUGUCAAUAUUAAGUCUCGUGUCGGGGUACUAGAAGUUCGGGAUGGGAUCCUUACUUCUAUUAAAGAUGUCCCAAUUUCACCCGGUUACCUGGAGCGACGAUGCGGAACAUGCGCUAUUCGUCGUGAUGCAUUUAGAUUCAACGCCGCCACAUUUGCCUCAAUUGAUGACGCUCACUACGUUAUUUUUGUAGGAUCAUCCCGAACUAUUAAUUCGGAUGCCGGAUAUUACCCCUCUGUACUCAAAAUCCGCGCAGAAGCUAGCAGGAUUGUUGACAAAGUUGAUGGUGAUGAAAUGUAUUUUGACGGGGAUAUCCCUGACCGAAGAAAAAUGGCCCAUUCAACAUUCAAAUCGGUUGUCGCUCAUGGCCAGUAUGCUUACGCUGGAACUGCAACUGUGAGAUGUCAUGACGAUGGUUGUGAUUCCUCACCGGGACGCAUAUGGAUGUUCAGUUUACAUUUUGAUGACUUUGAUGAUCAGGGCUGUUUGAGAGAGGUUGUUUUAUCAGGAAGCGACGACGAGGGCCUCAAAGAAAUCAAUGUUCACCGAAUGGCUGUGAUGCCGGAUGGAACAUGGAGUGGUGGUUUUUUAUUCGCAUUGACAGGAGGAUCUGCGACAACGAAUUCUCGCGUAGUGAAACUUGAAAUUGGUGGUCCUGAUACCACGGUCUCCUGCACUGCUCAAUGUUUCCGUCGGAUUGCAUCACACCUGUCAACCGAGCCUCUCAGGGCAAUGGUGUAUGCCUCUGAUGUAUUUUCUCUUAUUACCGCUUCUCUUACCGAACCGACAGUCACAUAUUCAAGACUUUCUACUGCAGAAAUCACAUCAAUAUCGCCAAGAUACGGUCCAUCUUCUGGGGCUAGUACUGCGAUCACUUUAUCAGGUUCUGGAUUCCCAACAGGCAACACAGGAAGCAAAGGUAAAAGUAGCUUUGCAUCAUGUCGGUUUGGAUUUUCGAUCGAUGAUGUUGACAUAUUUCCGAUUGGAGGCUGGGUUCCUGCCAUGGUUGUCAACAGCACCGAAGUGCGUUGCACAGCGCCACAGGCGGUAGAAAUCUCAGAUCGAACAGAUCAAGGUCCUUUGGCGAGUGGAUUUGCAAUUGUUCAGCUCUCUUUCAAUGUCUUUUAUGAGCACUCUGUAGCCACCCGUGAUGAGCUUUUCAACAUCUCUCUGUGGACAGACGAUAAAAUGGUAUACAGAUUUUACGCGGUGCCAAUCGUGACAAGGAUUUUAGCAAAUGGCGUUUCCCCUCCAUCCGUAAUGAUAACUGGAGAAGAUGCUAAUCAGAUCCCUUCCCGUAUUACGCUCGUUGGGGGGCCAUUCAUAAACACUGCCUCACUGGUAUGUCGGUUCAAUCAGAAUGCAAGCUCAGAUCAACCGGCCGUGUUUGUCACUGCGACAACGAUCAUUUGUCCGAUAUGCAGGACACACGUUGUGUCUGGGAAGACGCGUUGUAACCCCCUUGGAGCCACGGAUGGGAACGUUGAUUUCUAUCAAGCGAUGGAGUGGCUUCCAAACGACGAUCCAAGGAAAGUGACAGUUGCGUUCUCAAUGAAUUCGAAAGAUUUUCAUAUGGCAGAGCAGCCAUUGAAAAUAUAUGGACGGCCUCAUCACCUUCAAGUUAUCAGUCGGCAGACUUCAGAUGUGUACAUGCACGGUUCAGUUCGAAACGACUAUAGCAUGACUCUCGGUACAUUUCAGAUGCGAAUAGCUGAUCUUGAUGGAUUCGUCAUGGAAAACGACAUUGGCGAGGGUGGAACUCGAGGCUUCUCAGUGAAAAUAACGAUUAAUUCCUCCGCAUCUCCUCGGCGUGGCCAAACAUAUGAACUUGAUUCUGGCUUCGAGGGAGUGACUGAUCGAGGUUUCCUAUCACUGACCCCAAGGUUUUCUCAUUCCCUUGCCCGGGGGGACUAUCAUCUCAUUUUUUCACUUCGGGAUUGCACCCGUGGCAUGGAUUCAUGCAUCAGCAUGCCUGGAAUAACCACACAAGUGAUAACUGUAUUUCCUGGGGCUCCUGCUCAAAUACUUGUCCGACCGGGGUACGUAUCUGCAAACGAUCAGAAGUUAGGUUGGUCAUCAGAUGGCAUUAUCAAAUCGGCAUCACUUUCUGUAAUGCUCGGGCCAAUAUUUGUGGAUAUUUUGGACGCCGGCAGUAAUCAAAUUGGUGACCUGGAUAGUUCUACACACGCAAUACACGUUGUCAGCACUACCAGUCAGUCAGAAUACAACGGGAUUCUGGGUGCUGACAUGCUUGAACGACGCGUGAACGGUGCGAGACUCCAUGGUUCAGAAAUGGUAGAAUCCAUAAACGGCACUGCGACGUUCUAUGAUCUGAAAUUAGUCAACCAAGAGCCCACAGGGUCAAGAAAGCCAGGAAGUGACAGUACUUUAACUUUUGGGUCGCCAUCCCAAGGCUUUUAUCGUCUUCAGUUCUAUGCACGAUUGCGCGGUUCACUGGAGGAUGUUCAUGCUCUUUCGGUAUCAAAGCUUGAAAUUAUCCCUGGAGAAGCAGUCUACCUGAACAUUUCUAAUUAUGCAGAUGUGAUUAUAGCCUGCGAUUCUUCAGAGGAGGUAGUCACUACAACGAUCGCGUUAAAUAUUUUCGACGGCGGUAAUAAUCAACUCGAAAAUGAUCGAGAACGCAGAACUGUAACGGUUUUGCCUCAUGGACAGCCAGGCCUUCAGGUGUACGGAGUCAUUGCUCAAACAGAUGCCGCGGGUGCUGCUGAAUGGCGUUUUCCUGCUUAUUCAUUCAGUAUAGGAUGCAAACCCGUCGGAUGGUAUGGACUUGAAUUCAGCUCUCCUGCACUCGUAUCAUCUGUCCAAGGCAUUCGCAUGAACCGUGGCACUCGUGGCUAUCAAUGGCAUGCUGUGCAUCUCGUAAGUACAGUUGAAUUGUCAGCUGCAUCUCUUGUUCCGAUUGGAAAAUUUAGAUUGGAAGUUCUUGACGGAGGCGGGAAUCAGCUCGGUGUAAAUGAUCGGUAUGACGUCUUUUUGGAUGCUGACGUGAGUCGGGAAGUACUUUGUUAUUCUGUCACUGCCAGUUUGACCGGCACUAUCAUGGCACACACAGAAAGAGAAGGUUUUGUUGAAUUUUCUGACAUGUUGAUUGUGCGACCAAUCAUUGGAGCUCAUGUCAUAAAAUGUACCGAGCAGAAAGUUACUGUUUUUAGGACCCCAGAGCUGGUAUUUCAAAGUUCUGAUGCGGACUUUCGCCCCUUGCUAGAUGCAGCAAUCACUGUAAACGUUAUCGCAGGAGAUCGAACGAAGUUGCAUGCUCAUGUUCUAGCCGACACGUUAAAAGACAUGGGCGAGUACUCACUCUCUCUCGGGAACGUCAAUUUAUCAACUUUUCGGAAGUACGCUUCUAUGGAUCACCUUGUGCCUCUGGACGUCAUCCGCGUCGUGCCUGUAGAUUCUGGCGGGAAUCAUCUUUCAGGCAAGCUGCCCGACUUCAAUGUAUCAACUGUUGAUGUCGUAUUUGGACCUGUAAAAGAAUCGUCGCAUAUCACGGUACGAAAUCCAGUUGGGGCCGAUGCAACUAUUGUGCGGACUUCAUUCACUUAUCCUACCACAUUGCUAAGAGAUACUAAUCAAACGCAAGGCAAAUUCCUGGAAUCGUUCCGGAACGUAACAUUGUGGCGCGUUGUUAAUCAAACCCAUGUUGAAGAAUUUAACAUUUCAUCACAAUAUGACGUGACAACAGAAACUCACCAACGUCGCUAUGUCUCGAUAUCCCUUCCUGGGUUGGCCACUGAUGGACUUUACCCUCACAUCACUGGUGAUAACACAAGGCAAUCUCGCGCUACGAUUCUUGUGACAAUGAAUGGAUCGUUUAAUACGACUACUGGCACGUUGAGUACUGUCUAUGAAAUGGAGGGAAUUUCCAACUAUGCGGUCAUCGAUGAUAUCGCUUUGUAUAAACCACCGCAUGGAAUCUUUGAAAUUUCGCUGACUACAAUGCCAUUAGAUCCCAUGCUGGAGAGUGCAACAGUACAAAUUACAUUGUAUCCAGGCCGGGCACAUCACCUUGGCAUCUCUGCACCCUGUCCGAAGUUCCAUUUGAACGGCAUCUGUGACACCAGCACAGUUGUUCAAAGCAAUUCUGAUGACACUUGCACAUGUGCCGUGUAUAAUGUUUCCGAUGUCGUUAGCCUAUCACCAAUACGAACUUAUGUACUCGAUAGCGGAGAAAACAUUCUACGCGGAGAUCAUGACAUCGCAUGCAAGGUUGGUGGUUUAUACUGCCCCAAGCAGAAAAUUACCAUGAAGCACGAAAGCAUAGUUGGAAGUGCAGUGUGCUUGCUUCAUCCACAAGACUCAAGCUCUCAGUCAUCUGCUGGUUCCACCUACUCUCCUACAUGUUUGCCUGAUCAGCCAGAUGAAUUUUCUGGAAAUCCAUUAGAAGGAUUGUAUUCAUUUACGAACCUAGCUCUCUUGGCACCUAAGCAGGCCACGGCGUUGAAUCCACUGCUCAUGACCUUUAAAUCGCCUGGGAUAAUCGGGGUGAGUUUUGGAGUAGAAAUACUUCCAGGGGUGGCCGUGAAACUGGGUCUCGCGCUUCCACCGAAAUUUAGUUUCACGUUUCAGAGCAUGUACACAUCAGUACUAUCAAGUUCUGCUUCUCCGAUUAUCGUUCAAGUUUUGGAUGCAGGCGGAUCCUCUGUCGGACAAACCGACACCCAUUCGCGCCCCGUGCAUCUCAUAUGCAACACAGCUAAGGUUGGAGCACAUCCAGGCGGUCCAGGAACAGGAGGAACCGAUUUUGUCUACACUCAGCGAGACAUUGCCUACUUUGCAUCUAUUCGACUCCUAUCACCUCAAAAGGGGAUACACGAUAUACUAUUUUCUUCUCCCUCUCUUCGUUUCGUCACACUCACCAUAAAGGUUACCGAGGGGCAGGCAGUAAGGCUGAAAAUUAUUUCAACGCCUCAAGCUACGUAUGCAUCAGGACCACUGGUUAAGAUCAAACCGAUAACUGUCGGCGUAUACGAUGCAGGGUUGAACUUUGUUGGCUCCUCUAAUCUGCUCACGAUGCCGGUGUUCGCAAACAUCACUGACAGUCCAGUUGGAACUAAUGGGACCGCAGCACUCCUGCAAAAUUCCGGUGAUAAUACUGAAACCUUGCAAUCUGGGAAAGGGACUGUGAUAUUUGAUAGGAUUCAAAUUAGGAAUCCAUUGAUUGGCUUUUAUAAUCUCACGUUCGGAGGAGAUGGAUUGUUUAGUGAUAUUUCAUCUUUUGCGAUCGAAAUUGGAAGUCCGUACAAACUUAAUGUCCCAAAUGUGCACACGAUGAUAUACACGUUGCGAACUGUCUAUCCCUCGGAGCGUUCACUACAGAUAGAGAGCUUUGCUGUUGUUGUAAUGGACGGUGGAAACAAUUUGAUUGGCCAGCUCGAUAUUGACCAGCUCGGAACAGGCGUGCGCCGGGAACUGGUCACAUCAGUCAGAGACUCGCACGAGGAAUCCAAAGAAGAUCACGACUCUCACUGUUCAAUCGCUAGAAAAACGCCAUCGAUGAUUGAGGACAACUUUGUUACACAUUUUUUUGUCAGUACUCGUCGCACUGCUCUCGGCGAAGGGAUCAUCGAUGACCUUCAGCUAGUGAGGCCAAAAUCAGGAAACUUCGUGGUCACAAUUUCCUCUCCGUCGCUUCUUGCUUACUCUUUCUUCAUUACAGUCACAACGGGUCCCAUGUCAAGUUUGGAUGUGUGUGGCUGCCCAACGUGUUAUCGACGUGCUGGAGAUGGAUUGUGCGUUGACAGCCUAGUUUACCGAGCAGAUAUGUUGGUUUCCCUUAGACAUACUCUUGUUGUGAUCCGCGAUGCUGGAGGCACAUUGGUUCGUGUGAAUCAGGAAACUGAGCAGACAAGAAAUGUGACCGUCGAGCUUGUUUAUGGGAAAAACUUUGCAUCAGGCGAGGAGGUGACCUACACAGCAAAUAUGACGAUGUUGUCAAAUCGGAGCCGAGCGCAAUUGUUGGCAACGCAAGGAUUUGUUGCAUGGUGUCAGGAUGGCGUGAAUGGCAUCCCGAUUCCUCAGUUCUGUUAUCCAUCAGACAUCGACUCAGAGAAAGCUCGCGCAAACGCCUUAACAAAGAGCGGUGAAGGUUCAAGUUCACUCCUGGGGGCUCAAGCGAGCAACUUUGAUCAUGAUACGAAAUGCGCGUUCUAUGGAAUUCAAACGAAACCUUCAUGGUUUGGACGUGCAUAUGGUCUAUAUCUUGAACGUCCAUAUGUUGGCAAUUACAGAUUUCGAUUUUCAAGCUAUUGUCCCCUGCAAGUGUGCGAAGAUGCAUCCUAUCAAGAACUGAAUAAUGACGAGCUUGAGAUUACCAUAAUUCCAGGUAUCCCAAAACGCUUAGACUUUUUGGACGAGCCACCUGCAACAUUUGAAAAUGACUUCAUAAUCACCCCACAUAUUCGGUUGCUUACCUUGGACAUUGCUAAUAACGUAUGCGAUGAUUUGAACACAUUUGCAAUGAUUUCUGUUAUGCCGAGUGCGCGGGGUAUUCGUGGUCAAAUUGCUCCUUUGACUGAUGGAAUGGCUACUUUUACAGAGUUAAGAAUUCUUGGGGACCGCGGGAGAUCGUAUUUGCUCCAAUUUGAUGUUGUAACUAUAGGUCUCAGCAAGACCCACUUUCCUUUCACACUAUUGGCUUGCAAAGAUGUCAAACCGAACUCGCAAAACGAUCAAAAUGGCCAGUGUGAGUGCAUGCCUGGCUAUACAGAAGACACUCGCCGUGGUUCCACUGUCAGCACGGGGUACAGUGACUCUACAAAAAGCAUAUCUGCAAGCCCUAAUCUGUACAACAUGGUUGUCUCCAUGUCGGAUAUUUAUUCACCUGUUCUUCAUCCAUAUGGUGUGUGCGUCCCGUGCACUAACGGUCACUACAAGGAAUCCCCUGGCCCUCAAGACUGCACGGCGUGUCCAAAUGACAUGGAUACGUCAAAACAAAAUGGCUACCGAAAGGAGUUAUGGACGACAUUUUCUGGUGAACGUCUUCCCGGCUUUCUUGCAAAUUAUGAAAAGGACGCGUGCCAUUGCAUUUCUCCGUAUAAUCCCAAUGACAGAUCGUUGUCCACCUAUCGGAGUCAUCCUGAAGAUUCAUUUGAAUGCCACCCUUGCCCGAAUGGUGGCAUAUGCAACGGUCUUUCCUCAGAACACAUCGUCGUGAAAUCUGGUUAUUGGAGGACCAGCAGGAAUAUUACUUUUAUUUAUAAAUGCUUGAAUUUCCGCGCAUGCCUCGGAGGCGUGCACAGUGCUUGUACGACCGGUCAUGAAGGUAAUCUUUGCGCCGUUUGCUCGCGUGGAUAUGCAAGUCCGUCUAUGGAUGGGCGAAGCCUGAAGUGUAAUGAGUGUUCGACAGCUGUCACGGGUGUUUUGAUUUUGACCACAUUGUUUGCGGUACAAGGGGCAGUUGUAAUGACUGUUUUCCGCAUAGCUAGUCGUCGGCACAAUUUUACUGUAGGCCUGUGUAGGAUAAUGCUGUCGCAUUUUCAGAUAAUGGCCAUCCUCAAGAACAUUGACUUAGAUUGGUCUGAUGCGCAAUAUUUUCUCUUCCAAAUUGCAGAUAAACUAUCAACUCCAUCCGUCCGUUCGUUUGAGACGGACUGUUUACUGCACUGGAAUCACUACCACUAUGUCGCAUAUUACAUGAGCUUGCCCGGGAUGAUACUUCUUUUAUCCUUUUUUUGCUACUCAACCUUUCUUGCCCGUGAUGUUUGGCAAAGGAGGUGUGAAUUUUACAAGAAGAUAACGGAGAUCGAGGAAAAUAUCACCUCUGAACGAAGAAAGGGUAACGACACUUCGGUGCUCCAACAAUCACUCCACGAGUUGAAAACUGCGCCAAAUUUCUUUGAGCUCGGUCGUGGCAGAGAUGCGCUUCUUAGUCGUAUGGAUGAGCGAUGGGAAGAUGAAUACGGGAAUGCUGUCCUUGGACCAACAGAGGAUCAGAUUUCUAAAAUGUCCGCCACUGCCUAUGACAUGACCAUUUGUUUUGCUUUGAUAAUGUUCCGUUUUUCAUGGAUUAUCAUUAUCAAACACCUUGUCCAGCUCAUACGAACGCGGAAUUUCGUUGAUACUGGCACAUAUUUGCUUGCCGACUUGAGCUUGAGUGCUGAAACUAAAUUGCAUCGUGCCUGGCUUCUAGGCGCCGGAGUGUUCUCUGUUGUAUAUCUCUGCAUUCCACUCUGCCUCGUAUUUUGGCAUAUGCGAAGUCAUAACGAUCGUUUGCAUUGGCAAUCGGUGAAAAUUAGGCUCGGCUACUUAUUUCAAGGUUUCCAUCCCGUAUAUUAUUGGUGGGAUUUUAUGUUGAUGGCCCGAAAGUUGUCCCUUAUGAUUGUAACGAUCAUAUUGCAAGAUCGACCCCUGAUGGCAGCCCAUGUAUCUCUCUGCAUCGUUCAGGCGACCAUCAUUCACCUUACAUAUGAACCUUUUGCUUCAGACGUGCAGCAGGCACUGGAAACGUUUUCCCUCUUUGUUCUUGCGUUCAUGUUGCACCUGGGCAUCUUUAAAAUAAGUGGAUCGGAUCACACUUCUCAGCAUUUCGAUGCAGUCGUAUUUCUACUGCAGCUAAGUUUAAAUGCUGGCUUGACUUGGAGGUUUUUAGGCUCCCUCACAAAAGAUAUGCUAAGGGAGUCCAUGAAAGCAAAGAUUUGCGCAGCGAAAGAUAAGUUCAGUACCGAAUCUUCCACGCGAGAGCAGCUAGCUCACCGCGAAAUCCUGGAAAUUCACAGCCAGACAAGAUCAGCAACUUCAGGGAUGGGCGUUCGCAUGGAAUGUGCACCUGACGACGGUCAAGCUCGUGGUAUUGUUGCCAACGCGGAUGUCCCGGAUCUCUGGAUGAAACACAUGCGUUUAAGUGUUAAUUUGGAGUUGCUUCGAAACACAUGGCACGACGUGAAACAAAAACACACGACAAGCCAUCUACAACCUUCGCAUUGAGAGCGGUUGUUCAGGUGCGGGCGAGCGAACCAUACGUGCCAUCUCACAUACUUUCGCAGCCAACCAACACGCAGCUCGGGCAGAAGCGAGGGCUGCCGAGGGCGGGAUAGGAAAUUUAGUGAUUUGACAGGGUCCGUCCCCGGGAAUGUCGGCAUAGCCAAUGACCGAUGAGAUAUGGACACAGCUGUGGACGCGCGUUUGGACCGGGACGGGUUCGGCGCGCUCAAGACGGCGGCGGUGACGGACUUUGUUCGCGAUCGCGUGUGCGGACACGCGCUGGCGAUCGCCGAUCGGCUGCGCCAGAUGGAGGAGUCGUGGGACGACGCCGUCAAGGCGGAGGUCGGGGAGAUGUUGGGAAAACACCGCGAGGACCUGAAGCGCGGGGAGAGCCCUGGAGGUCUUUAGUUUGUCGAUUAGGACGUCGAAUCAGCCGCAGCUUGAGUUGAGCUAUUUCUUGCACUCCUUGCACCGAGAGC